CACGCCGAUGGAUUUUUUGCCACUCCCACCCAUGUAUCACCUAACUACGGUGGUGGAAUGGAUAAUGCUCUUUCUGGAGCAGAUGCAUUGAUUUAUGCUACAAUUGACCAUCCAAUUGACAAUAUACAAGACAAUGAAAGUGAUGAAGAUAUAGAUGGUUCCCAUUCAGCUGUAAGCAAGUUUGCUGAUCAACCUAGUGAUCUUUCUCAAGGAUUUCAGUACGCCUACCACAGCUUGAGUAAAAAUAUCGGGUCAGCAGCCCAGACCAUUUUUACAAUUCCGGUGGAAUUUAAAGAUCGCGGAUCAGAUAAUCAAGCUACUUCUGCAAAGGCUGUAAUAAAAGCUGUUCCAGUAGCUGUGUUGAAGCCGAUGAUUGGCCUGACCGGUGCGUUUCAAAGUAUUUUGGUCGGCCUUAGGAACACUAUCGAUCCAACUCGAAGACUACAGAACGAAGAUAAAUACAAGAAAAGAUAAAAGUGCAUUAAUAUGAAUAUCUUUAUCGUAUUCUUUGUUUUAUCAAUAUUCUGCCCACAACUGACUUCAUUUUCUCUCAAAAUACGGCAUCUCAAAAAUAUUCUAUAAAAUAUCUACAACAUUCACUGUUGACUCUUCUUGCACAAAUAUAUUCACCAUUUUUAUCAUCC